AAAAGACACCUUCGACGAUGCACUAGAUGCGUGUAAACGUGGAAGGGAUAACAUGACUACCGCCUAACGUGACGUUUUGUUCGUCCGUCUGUCUGUCGCGCGAUAUUAUCAAAUGCUUGGAAAAACAUCUGGCGACCGUUUUUCAACGUGCUGUUGCCGAUAGUGUCCCAUCGUUUGUACGAAAAUAAGAAAUUGUAUCGGAGGAAAAGAAGAAAACACUAUCCGUGAGCAACGAUCACGAUGAUGAACAUGUGGAAAGUGCGAGAGCUGAUGGACAAGGCAACGCAUACUGCCUCAUAUUUGCUGCAUUUCAUGCGUUUCGCGCUGGACCAGAGAUCACGUUUCGAUGCGAUGCAUUGCUUCUGCACGAAUAUGUCCAAGAAUCUCGCGGACGCCUUGCGAUAUUCGUUGAAUGUUCUUGUCAUCACCAAGAUCCAAGAAGUUUAAUUGAGAGAAUGCGAUAGAAAGUCCGGCCGAUCGUGCAUUCGCGCGCACGAGAGUAUGCAAUCGGUUCCGAUGCGUGAGCGAGUUUCUUGGGCUGCGGCUGUGAGAGAGGGAGGAGGGAGAGGGACUCGUAAAACUGGAACGGCGUGGAUAAUUUUAUAGCGCGACCUUGAGAUUCGACGGCGUAUGCUGCGAGAUAAAACUGUUUUCGGUGUGAUCAUCGAUUGUAUAUUUUACAACGACGGGAUUAAUUUCCAAGUUUAUGACUAAUGUGGUGAUGAAUUAUACAGAAACAGAAGCCAAAGUCCGAGAAGCAACUAAUGAUGAUGCAUGGGGUCCUACAGGGGCAAUGAUGCAAGAACUGGCACAAGCCACAUUUACAUACGAGCAAUUUCCAGAGGUAAUGUCCAUGCUCUGGAAAAGAAUGUUGCAAGAGAACAAACGGAAUUGGCGACGGACAUAUAAGUCAUUGCUUCUCCUUAAUUACCUGGUACGAAAUGGUUCAGAACGAGUAGUUACUUCGUCGCGCGAGCAUAUCUACGAUCUCAGAUCCUUGGAGAAUUAUACUUUCAUUGACGAAUUUGGAAAGGACCAAGGUAUAAACAUCAGACACAAAGUCAGAGAAUUGAUUGAUUUUAUUCAAGAUGAUGAUAAACUCCGAGAGGAGAGGAAGAAGGCUAAGAAAAAUAAAGACAAAUAUGUCGGCUUGUCAAGCGAAGCGAUGGGAAUGAGGUUCGGAGGGGGCGAGAGAUGGAUGGACAGCCCCAAAUGGAAUAAAUCCAGUGUGGAGGCAUACAACGACUGGGAUAAAGACAGUCGUGGAAAAGGAUUCGAGGAUAUGAAUAAUAGCGACGAUGGCGAGAGGGAAGAUUCGGAUAACGACACUAGUCCGAAGAAAAGUGGAAGAGAAUACAGAGACACGAUGGAUAAUAUACAUCAAAUUGGUAAAUCCACUCAAAUAUCCAUACCUUCGACAACUUCGUCACCAGUUCGGACAACGAGACCUAUUAAAAAAGUGGACCUCGGAGCAGCAGCCAAUUACGGAAAAGAGCAAUCUAGUAAUAGCAUUUCGACGCAACAAAGUAACAAUUUGUCGUCGCCAAUAAAUCAGCAGAAGACUAAAAACGACAUAUUAAACGAGAUAUUUGAAUCGCAGAGUGACAACAGUGGCAGGCUGGACGAUGACGAUUUCAAUCCGAGGGCGAACACUCAAUCUUAUAUUCAGCCGCAAAACACGAAUCUGGAUUUCGGUGACUUUACCAGUGCGUUCAACAAUAGCCUGACGAAUGUCAAGUCAAAAGAUAGCAACAACGACGAAUUCGCGGAUUUCACGUCCGCCUUUAAUAAUACUGUUACUAUAUCGAACCCUCCAAGUCAGCCACAAUCUCAAAUUGGUUUAAUAGGCGUGACGAUACUGGGUGUGAAUAGUUCGACGACGAAUAAUGCGAAUACGAUAUACGCUAACACGCAAACAGCGUUCAUCGGAAGCGACGUGGCUAUGCAGAACUCCAAAAUGUCGAACGAUCUGUUCGAUUCUUUAUCGCCGCAAACUCUCAACAAUCAAACAAUGAAUAACAAUACAGUAUCCUUGAAUACGGAUCUCUUGUCGGAUCUGGAUAGUUUGAAUGCUCCAGCUAUGAGGCUAACUGAUGGACGAAUAAGUAACCCUAGCAAUUCCAACAUUUUCAUGGGAAUAAGCAACGUACCUUCCAACACCAUUAAUUAUUCAGCUUAUAAAAACGAAGAGAACAUCACGGCGGUUGAGAGUAUCGCCGUCGCAUUGUUGGAAGUAUUAUGCGCCGUGCGACGCAUUAAAAGUCGCAGCAACUUGGAGAAAAUACGAGCAUCCUUGGCAAACUACGUGACGCUUUUACCGGGGACCAUUACUCCUCAGAAAUACAUGGGUGUUGACGACGGCGCGGAAGUGGACGUCACGACAUACGGGCGAAUUUUAGAGAGGACGAUCGACAUAUUUGAUCGCAACUGGCCGUUGGAGCGAGACGACUGUCUGGAUCCUUUGAUCAUAAAAUUAAUGGUCGUUGAUGGCGCCACAUUGCCAAUGUUGUCAGAAUCUUUGAGGCGCCUGACCAUCGCGCUGAGCAGAUCCGAAGAUGAGAGAAAGACUUGCGCGAUCUCGACGAUACUGCAGGAUCUACUGAAGAGCGAUGCGAUAUUCUCGGCUAUAGUGAACACGUGCCGUGUUCAACGAGUGCAUUGUCUUUCGUUGGAAGUAGAGCUGGAUCAGGCGUGGCAAAGUACGAUGCAAAUUUUGGUCUCCUUGCCGAGUCGCGUGGCUAAUAAGAUGCGGCUCGAUACACCGAAACUGUACACGCCGCAGGUCUACGUCAGGUUGCUCUACUUCCACGUGUGCCGCGCGAUGCAUUUCGUCAACGAUAGCUGGUAUACAUGCGACAUUAAGCCGAAAAUAAACAUACUCUCAUCCCUGAUCAGCAAAAUCUUGAUCACUUCGAAGCCGACUUAUGACGCAACUUGUCUCAUCGAUGUCUUCAAGGAGUGGUGUUACGAGAAUAUUAAGAACGAGAAGCGCCUUGUCAGGAGUGUGCUUCGCGAACUAGACUCUACGGCUGUUGAACACAUGGCCACGUUGUUCUUAAAACAUAGUGAGCCCAAAUACGGCGUUCGUCCUGUUUUCGGAGACUUGCUGACCACACCACAUUGGAAAUAUGUUCUAACGACGAAGAUCCCCUUCAUGCGCCAUUAUAAGGACGAGAGCCUAAUGUUUAAUUUGAUUUCCUAUCUGUCAUCUUGCGAGGAUCAAGACGCAUUGCCGGAGUUAAUGAUGAAACUCAUCAACGUCUGGGCCGACAGCAGCAUCAUGAAUCACACGCCCGUCGAACAGCAUGAGUACAUCUCGCGGUUGGUUAUUUUGUCUGUGAGGGUAUGCAAGAAUCGCUUGAAGCAAAGCAUGAAGGAGCAGUGCCGACAGCUGCUGCUCGUCGGAGUAUCUGUACACUUGGAGUCUACGGAUAUUUACGUAAGAGCGAUGGGCAUGAUCACCGCCGAGAUAUGUACAAACUGCCUGUCCGAGAAUGAUAUGUCGCAGUUAGCAUUCGAUUACGAAGGUAUGCCCGCACGAAUGCAGCAGUUAGUCGAAUCGCUGAAGCAUCUGCAUGCGCCGACUGUAUGCGAACUCAGCGAUGGCUUGACUAGCAAUGUCGACGAUGUCGAUACUGCGGUUGAUAAAAAGAUACGCAAAUUGGUAGCUGAUAUCUUACCGAGUCUGCAAACAGAGUCGAACGGAGAAACGGAGGACCAUCCGAAUUCAAGUACGAAUGUCACGAAGGAAGAGAAGUCUAACGAUCUGGAAGUGACAUCGAAUGUGCAAGAUAACACGCAAGACAGUUCUCAAGGAGACGAGGACGACGAGUCAGAAGUGGAUAGUGACGACGACUUGGUGCCGUAUGACAUGAACGAAGAGCAGGACAAACCAGUCAGCAAAUGGCGGCCAAUGUAUCUACGAGACUUGCGCGAUAAUCUGACGGACGAGCGCACCUUCUCCAACCCCGACGUCUUCUCCGAAUCCAUGUCGGUCUGCGAAGAGCUCAUACGGACGCAACUGCCAAACGACGACGCGUCUUUUGCGGUCGAGCUGCUGGAAUUACUCGUCACUCUUAGGCAGCAGUCCUACAUGGAGAACUUUGAGGACAUAGUGUUUCGCUGCUGCGUCGAAAUCGUCGUUGUGCGCCCGAAAGAAUGCGCCAAAUUUCUGUGUAUGCAGUUUUACGAAGACGCCGGUAAGUACUCGUUGAGCCACCGCUUGUUAUUCCUCGAUGUGCUGUCCGAAUCCGCGAAGCGGUUAUCGCAGAUUAAGCUGGAAGACACAACCAAAAGCAACACUGAGAAUACAAAGCUGGUCAAGAGGAAGAAAUCCAUCUCGAGUCCUGUCUCUGUCUUUAUCGACAUGACGAAAGCGCGCAAAACGCAGGAACUUUACUACGAAGACGUGGAGGAUCUACGGAGACUGCCGAACAGUCAAGGCACCGACUGGCGGGAGAUUAUUGAGAAAAGGAUCGAAUCGCAUACGAGACGAUUCGCUCACCAGUCCAAGAUACCCAAAGCAAGCGUCAAUCGUUUCGCGAACGUCGCCUCGUCGUUCUUGUACCCACUUUUAUACGGUUUCGGUCGGCCACAAGAAUCCGGCAAGCUACAAGGUUUAAAGAUCUAUGCGGAUCAAGAGAAUAUUUUGUUGUUGCGUUACCUCAAAACACUGUCUGUGAUGAUGCGGGCAGCGGAAAACUGUCCAUUGGCCUUGAAGGUAGCCAAGGAGAUUUUAGAACUCACGUGGACACUGAGAAAUCACAACGAAGCGGCCGCAAGAUUCGCCGUCGUGGAGUGUGUCGUAAGCGUGUUGGUGUCAUUGCCGAAAGAUGGGAUCGGUGAAUUAUUGGACAUGCUGUUGGAGAUAAGAGAGUGGCUGUUGUUGACGCAGAAUGUCAUCUACGGCGAGCACGAUGCGAAGUGCAGAGAAUUGAACGCCGCUGUGAUGCGCUAUGUCGACGCGAUUAUUGGAUCUGUUCUCAGUUGAAUUUACAUGAAGAUUUAACUACAGGUGGAAGACAAAAGGAUGACAUUAAUGUUGAAAAUCAGAAAAUGUUUAUUGGCUGUUUAUCUGGGUGGUAUAAUUUUUCCAACAAAUAAAAGGAAUCCUUUAUUAAA